UUUAUGGUCGUAUUUUCAAAUUGUAGGUUUGGAAUUUUGGAAAUCUGACGGAUUUGAAAUCUGAAGCAUUUCUGGCACUACAACAGCAAACACGUCAGACCUUCGCCCUGUCUUUAACAGAUUGCCCGCAGUCGUUGCAGUGCUAAAAUGUCUAUGCACCCCAUUGGUAGUGUCGGUCGGGUUCCGAAGAAACAGGGCCCGGAACGGAGAACGGAAACGAAUUGCCGCAAGUGACGCAUUAAUCGAAUGAUGGGGAAAUACAGUUUCUCUUGAAUUAAGAUUUCUCGCCUGUUUUGCUGUAUGAUCAAAAAAGUGUUUAGUACUAUUUGCUGUGUAAAAUAUUGCACACUUUGCCUGAAUAAUGUCUGAAGCACGCACCAAACCGAAACAGAACUUUACCAGCUAUGUUAAGCAGGUCGCCGACGACAAAUUCCUAACCGAGGACUACAAACCACAGCUGUUAUCGGGAGAAAUUGAAGCUGCCCGAGCAAAUCAUGUUUGCAUGUACACAGCUUCAUUAGGAAAGGUGCUUUCGGAGCGAAAAGGCAUUCUAAUGAUUACCAAUUUCCGUCUUUCGUUCGUAUUUGUUGAUAUAGAUGACGAUCAUCAUCCUUUCCAAAGUAAUCGCUUUCUUGGCUCGUCAGACGUAUCGCUAUCCAACAUCGAUCGGAUCUAUCAGGUUGUCGAUAAGAAGAAAAAGCUGAUUUGCCCCCAAAUGAAGAACAGCAAUAAAAUCGACAAAAUAAGGAUUAUAUGCAAGAAUUUCAAAACAUUAACCUUUGGCUUUCAACUGUCCGAUGUUGGUAAGGGAAAGUAUAUUGCCGAUGCCCUGGUGAAGUUUGCCUAUCCAGCGAGACAUAAUCUGCUGUUUUUGUAUCAAUUUAAGGACAAUUCAUGCAAUGGAACUGCGUCCAACGCUACGAAAAUGUUUCGCAAGAAAACGGAUUGGCUUCAGGAGUUGGAAAGAUGCAAUGCUACUGCCGGAUGGCGCGUGUUUUCCAAAGACUGCAGGAUAUCCGACAGCUCCCUUCCGAUGCAUUUUGUUGUGCCUAAGCAUCUGACCGAUAUGGAUUACAACAAUAUUUCAAAAAGCUUUCGCAACGAUCGUUCUGCCAUUUGGGUUUGGGGCUACCACGAUGCUGCGUUGGUAAGGCUUGCCGAACUUAAUCCGGAUAUUACCAACACCACCGUGGAGAACAUCCUGCUCGAGCAUGUACGUCGCUGUGAUCCACAGAAAAGACAACCGCGAUUACUCGAGCUAUACAAAAUUCUCCCUAGCAUACAGGACGUCAACCUUAGUUACAUGAAAUUGCGUGAUCUCUGUACUCCUGACAAUGAUCAACAGUUUAUGGCCCAGGAUGGACGAUUCUAUUCGAUGGUUGAAAAAAGCUACUGGCUCUUUUACGUUUCGUUGUGUCUGAAACAUUCCGAUUUAGCCGCCAAGAUGCUGCUCGAUGGCCAAACAGUGGUGUUGCAGGAAAUAAAUGGGCGCGAUAUGUGCGGAGUAAUAUCAAGCUUAGUGCAAUUGCUACUCGAUAAAAGCUAUCGCACGUUACAAGGCUUCCAAAAUCUUAUUCAAAAAGAAUGGAUAACUCUGGGCCACCCGUUUAGCGAUCGAAUCGGGCAUGUGGCCACUGUAAAAUCUACAGAACGCAGCCCAAUUUUCUUAUUAUUUCUAGAUUGCGUUUGGCAGUUGUUGCACCAAUUCCCGAAGGCAUUUGAGUUUUCCGGGACGUUUCUCACCACAUUGUGGGAUUCACUAUUUUUGCCAAUAUUUGAUACCUUUCAGUUCAACUCCGAAACAGAACGCUAUAACGCUGUUCACGCCGAUCAUAUCAUCCUGCGACCUGUUUGGGAUUGGGCAAUGCAGUUUGGAGGUAAAGACUUGGCUCUAUUCACAAAUCCGCUUUACCAACCAGAAGCGUUGAUCAAUACGACCCCUGGAAAAGAACCUUUGAAUAAUAUCGACAAAGAACAUUUGCAACCGCAGUACUGUCUGCGCGACAUAGAACUCUGGCAGCAGUGUUAUUUUCGAUGGAUGCCACAUCUCGAAAUUAAAUAUGGUGGAAUUGCUCAGAGUGAGCUGCUGAAUCAUAUACUACUAAACAACAUCCGCAAAUUACGUCGAACUCUAGGGAACCAUGAGCCUUAUGAGACAGUUGAUGAGCGAAUGGAUGCCUUAGAACAAAUGCUAUCGUCGACGGUUGUGCACACACGUGAUCUUGAUGCUGCAUCAGAAUCAACCUUAUGCAUCAGUUCUUUCUUUCCUUUUACCAGCAUAACGCCGUCAACAGAAGUAUGUUCGGAACUCCUGAUUGGGAAUAAUGGAAUCAAUCUCUCGCAUGAUUCCAUGUAUGAAACGUCUUCGUUGAAUGAUUAAGUAUGGUUUCUGGGACCAAAUGUAGGCAUUUGUUAAAGAAAAAAAAUCGCUUGAGAUGCACGGGAUUCCCGGCGAGGAGAAUAAGACAGAAAAGUAUAUUUAUAUGAUUGGAAUUGUAUGCUGACGGUUCGUACUGGGGAAAGCCAUUCCAAUGUAAAACACGAACUCAACAGUCAGGUAGAACUGGCUGUAACAUUAAUAUUUUUUUAGCACGAAUAUCGAUUUUGUUAAGCCUAUCUUUUGGUAAACCAAAUGGGAAAAUUCUACUUGACGAGGAAAACUUGUACAGCAAAUAUAGGCAUUGUCGGAUAAACGGAUGCCCAUUUA